UUGAAAAUCCCGCGCCGCCUGGCGCCCAAAGCCACAAUAAUGUUCUUUAAAUAUCACCUUUACAGAUAAUUAAAUCAUUUAUUCUCCGUUCUUUUCAGGGUUUAGGGAUGGGAUCACCAACAAGAAAUGCAGUGACACACCGAGCCAACAAUCAUACCCCUGGUCAGGAACCUGACUUUCCGAUUCCCCCCAUCCAUGAGCGUCUAGCAUAUCUGCGUCCCUCCAGAGAGCUUCUGGAGUUCUACAGACAGAAAAUUGCCCAGUAUGACAGUGAACAGGAGGAGUUGCUGCAAAUGUUGGAGAAAUACAGAGGCAACACAGAGGACCAGCAUAAGCUACAGUCUGAAGUACGACAGCGCGAAGGAGAAGUAACUAAGCUGCAAAAUGCUCUGAGUGACAUGCAGGUCUACCUUUACCAAGAAAGAGAACAGUCCCUUCGGCUUUAUGCAGAAAAUGACAGACUAAAGAUCAGAGAGCUGGAGGACAGGAAGAAAAUCCAACACCUUCUUUCUCUGGUGGGUCCUGAAGUUGGAGAGAUGACAUAUUUCCACCGAGAACCUCCACACAAGGUCACAAUCACACAGAAGAACCCUGACAUCUCUCUGCAAGAAAAUCUCAAUCUCAGACCAACAAAAUUGAAACCUGCUGUCACCAAAAAAGACAGUAGCAGGAAAACAAAACCUUCAGAUGGAGUAAAUGGAAAGCUUGUGGAGCAAUACAAGAAUGAGAACCAGACUUUACUGCUACAGGUGGAGGCGCUGCAGGCUCAGAUGGAGGAGCAAACUCGUCUGUCGAAGGAGCAGAUAGAGUCCCUACUGGAGGAUAAAAAGAUUAAAACAGAGGAGGCACAGGCACAACACCAGAGAGAUCAUGAACGCUUCACAGCUCUGACAGACAAGCUCCAGCAAACCCAGAACCUGUUGUAUGCAAGCAACAGAGAUUUUUUACAGCUAAAGUUUGAAAUGCGGUCACUAGAGAAAGGUUGGAUGGCAGAGAAGGACCGACUACUGAAGGAGCUGGACUCCUAUCGUAAUCGCCAGAGAAAAGCAGAACCUGUGGGCACACAGCAGGAUCGAGCCUGGCACCCCAACAGCAGCAUUGCACGCCACUUUGCCCACCCUCAGACACACUCACAGCAUACCCACAAGGAGGCGCUACGGGCAAUGCAAGAGGAUCUGAAACGGACUCAACAUCUGGCAGAGAUGUACCGGGAGCAGUGUGUUACUUUGGAAACACAAUUGUGCCAAAUUAAAGAGGCUGAAGAUGCUGGCAGAGAAAUAUUCAAGGAACGUUCAGAGAAAAUGACUAAGCGUCUCCAGCUAAUGACCCAGCGUUGCCAGGCAUUGGAGAAGAGGAGGGCCAUGGAGGUUGAAGGGUUUAAGACAGACUUGAAACACCUCAGACAGAAACUUAAAGAUAUAGAGAAACAGCUCAUCAAGGUUACUCUGAAUGUUGGACCUGGCCAGGAUUUGGCUAUUCUGCAUGAAGUAAGACAGUCCAAUACCAGGACAAAGAAGGUGCAGGAUGAGCUGAUGGCCCUGAAGGCAAAGAUCUACGGCCUGGAAAAUGAGCUACGAUGUUGCUGAUAAUUUGCCAUUGGACAUGUGGAGAUUGUGCUUUUGUUUGAAAUUUUAUUUUUAUUGUUAUUUUUAUCCUAGUCGUAGACAUUUGUAUAAUUACAGAGUCACUGCUAAUGUGUUUAAUACAGAACACUUGGCCUGGAAGUUAUUCUGCGUUUUGAACUAAUAAAAGUUUUGUUACAAU